GCGCUCGGCGGCGCUCGGCUGUCUCCGCCGCUCGGCUCGGCCCGGCGCUCGGCUCGGCUCGGCCGGUGCGGCGGGCGCUGCGGGCGCGGCGGGCAUUUCUCCGCAGCUGCCCCCGCGCCGGGCCGCGCCCAUGCAGGCCAUCAAGUGCGUGGUGGUCGGCGACGGCGCCGUGGGCAAGACCUGCCUGCUCAUCAGCUACACGACCAACGCCUUCCCCGGGGAGUACAUCCCCACCGUGUUCGACAACUACUCGGCCAACGUGAUGGUGGACGGGAAGCCGGUGAACCUGGGGCUGUGGGACACGGCGGGGCAGGAGGACUACGACCGCCUGCGGCCGCUCUCCUACCCGCAAACCGACGUCUUCCUGAUCUGCUUCUCCCUGGUGAGCCCGGCCUCCUUCGAGAACGUGCGCGCCAAGUGGUACCCAGAGGUGCGGCACCACUGCCCCCACACGCCCAUCCUGCUGGUGGGCACCAAGCUGGACCUGCGGGACGACAAGGACACCAUCGAGCGGCUGCGGGACAAGAAGCUGGCGCCCAUCACCUACCCGCAGGGCCUGGCCAUGGCCAGGGAGAUCGGCUCAGUCAAGUACCUGGAGUGCUCGGCCCUGACCCAGCGGGGCCUGAAGACCGUGUUCGACGAGGCGAUCCGGGCGGUGCUGUGCCCGCCGCCCGUGAAGAAGCCAGGGAAGAAGUGCACCGUCUUCUAGCCCGGCCUGGGGUUCCCCCCCCCCCGUGUCUGCUGUCGUGCUGAGCUGUCCUGUGUCCGAGUCUGCUGUGGGGGUGCGGGGUUGGGAAGGCCAGGAGCAU